GAAUUGACGGUGCAGUUUUCCUUGCUAUGUUUCUGCUUCACAAUUAAUCCGAUCGAGCGUAUAGUUUACCAUUAGCUCUAGCUCUUUCUAUCAGCACACGGUUAAUUGCCCCCAGUCGUCGCCGGGAUAGUUCGCGUCUCACAUUCAUGCUGCAGAAAUCAGCAACAUUUCGGCCUGCGGUUUGCCGAGAUGCUCCUCUGAAGGUAUACAAGGUUGCGGGGCCGCAUGGAGCCCAACUGGUGCCGACCCGGCCUUGCAUGAGCGUCAGGACGCCUGACGUCCGCUCGCGCGCCUACUAUGACGAAGACUAUGAGAGCGGCGAGGGGUCGGGUCGCGGUUCGCGCUAUCGCCAGGGCGGAAACCAACGCAGGCGGCCAAACAGACAAGAGGAGGAGUCGGAUGAGUGGACCGCUGUGGUGGGUGGAGGCGACGGCAGCUCCUUCAGUGAGGAGGUUGUCAUUCCCGGCAUGACCAGCAGCGGCAGCGACAGCGGCAGCGGUGGGAGACAGGGGCAGUACGGCGGAGGGCAGUACGGGCGAGGAGGAGGAGGAGGCGGAGGCGGUUACGCCCGAC